CCCAUAGCGGAAAACUUGAAUAAAACUUUAUUCCUGCAAAAAAUAAAAUAAAUUUUCCGUUGGCACCACUGUCUUGCAAAUUGAGGUCGUCGUCAGGUGAUUAAAAAUCAUGAAAUUGUGAAUAAUUGUCGAGAAAAUUAUUCUAAUUCUCUUUUAUAAAUGGAAAUAAGUAUUAGAAAAACAAAAUUCUUUUGAAAAAUAAGUAAUUAUCAACGUGUGAUAUUCAGGUAAUGCUGUCAUGAAAAUAUACUUAUCUUGAGGUUAGGUUUUUUCAAUCAUCAUCACAAUUAUAUUUUAUUAAAAGUAGAACAAAUGAAAAAAUGACAUUAUUGUACAAGUGUAUAAUUAACAACACAAUAAUUCAGAAUUCUAAUCGAAUAUGUUUGAGUUCAUCAUGCCUUUUUCGCUCGAUUCAUCUUUCACGAAGAAAAUGUACGUGGCCAAGUUUACGACAUUACACGACCAAUACAAUAAAAACAAAAGUUAUUGAAAAUACAACAAAAAAUAUUAAUAAAAAACGUGAUUCUGAAUUAAAAAAAUUAUUCGCUUUAGCGGUACCAGAAAAAUGGAGACUUGCAAGUGCUGUGGCUUUUUUACUUGUAUCAUCAAGUGUAACAAUGGUUGUACCUUUUUGUUUAGGAAAGAUUAUUGACCUUAUUUAUUCACCCGAUAGGGAAAAAACAAAAGAAAAUUUAAACCGCGUGUGUCUUACAUUAUUGGGUGUAUUUAUUAUUGGUGCAAUAUGUAAUUUUAGUCGUAUUUAUCUUAUGUCAACAUCGGGACAUAGAAUUACACGUAGUUUAAGAAAAAAAGUCUAUUCGGCAAUUAUUCGUCAAGAAACGGCAAUGUUUGAUAAAGUUAGCACUGGCGAACUUGUUGGAAGAUUGGCAGGUGAUGCUCAAUUAGUGAGUUCAUCGAUAACCAGUAAUGUUUCGGACGGAUUGCGAUCAACAAUAAUGACGACAGUGGGAAUAUCAAUGAUGGUUUAUGUAUCGCCUCAAUUAUCAUUGGUUGGUUUACUUGUAAUUCCUCCAGUUGCUGGAUUAGCAAUUGUCUACAAUGGUUUUGUAAAAAAAAAUUCUAAAGAUGUACAGGACAAUUUAGCAUCAUUGAGCACAACGGCUGAGGAGAAAAUCAGUAACAUUAGAACAGUGAAGGCAUUUGCUCAAGAAGUUAAUGAAAUUGAAAAAUACAAUCGAAAAUUACAGGAUUUAUUAACACUUUGCUAUAAGGAAAGUUUAUACAGAGGAUUAUUUUUUGGAAUGACAAAUUUUUCCGGCAAUAUAAUUAUUCUUUCAGUUCUUUAUUAUGGUGGUUUUAUGCUGUCAGAUGCACGAAUUACUGUUGGUAGCCUUAGUGCUUUUUUGAUUUACGCCGGUUAUGUUGGAUUUUCCAUAAGUGGAGUUUCGAGCUUUUACUCGGAACUUAAUAAAGCACUUGGAGCGAGUACACGACUUUUUGAAUUAAUUGAACGUCGUCCAACAAUUCCAAUUGAAGGUGGAAAAAUUCUCAAUUCUGAUUUAUCCGGUGAUGUGAGAUUUGAAAAUAUUAGCUUUGCUUAUCCAACGAGAAAAGAUUCUUGGAUUUUGAAUGAUUUUAAUUUACAUCUACCAAAAUCAUCGAUAACGGCAGUUGUUGGUCCAUCUGGUUCGGGAAAAUCGACUUUGGCUUUAUUACUCCUCAGACUUUAUGAUCCAAAUAAAGGUUCUAUUUUAAUGGAUGGCCAUGAUCUUAGGGAUCUUGAUCCCAUUUGGGUCAAGUCUUUUCUCUCAGUUGUACCACAGGAACCAACACUUUUUAAUGAGACUAUUCGUGAAAAUAUUAUUUAUGGGACAAAGGAUGUUACUGAAAAUGAUGUGCUGGAAGCUUCGAAAAUUUCAAAUGUUUUCGAAUUUGUAAAUAGAUUGCCAAAAGGCCUGGAUACUCUUGUUGGAGAAAGAGGUAUCACUCUCAGUGGAGGUCAACGUCAAAGGGUUGCUAUUGCGAGAGCUUUAAUUAAGAAUCCGAGGAUUUUGAUAUUGGACGAGGCAACAAGUGCCUUAGAUGCGGAAAGUGAACAUUUGGUGCAAGAAGCAUUAGAGCGAGCAUCUCGGGGUAGAACAGUAUUGACGAUAGCGCACAGGCUCAGUACAAUAAAAAAUGCUGACCAGAUAGCCGUCUUAGAUCAAGGUCGAAUUAUUGAAACUGGAACGUACAACGAACUGAUAGCACUUGAGGAAGGAUUUUUCAAAAAAUUGAUCAAGCAUCAGACGUUCAGUUAGUUUUAGCAUCAUUCACACACAUUUGUCUGGGAGGCUCGCGAGCAGAUAACGUUGACUACUGAAUAAUCUGUGUUGUAUAAAACUGGACUUUGCCCUCUGACGCACAACCGGUCCGCCUACGUUUGCAUUUUUCUUUUUUUUUUUUUUUUUUUUUGCAAACAGAAAGUAUUUGAGAAAAAUCAAAAUGUGAACCUCUGCUCGAAAGGCGGAGCCUUGUAAUAAUUUAAUUGCAAUGUCCAUUGGUAUUUAAAAUUAAAGCAAAAAAUAAGUUUGGCGCCUAACGAUGAAGGGGGGAGAAUCUCUCGUAAAAGUCAGUGACAUCGACUACUUAUGAACUUUCCCCCUCUAGCAGCAUACAAAGUGAUUCUCAAAUCGAGGAGCGUUAAACUUGUUUUAUUUGCAUUUAUCUCGAAAAACCGUUUGAAAAACCGGCUUUUGAGAAAUUAAAACUGAAUUUUAUUUUUUAAAUCAAAGGGUAAAAUCGAUAAUUUAUAUAAAAAUCGAGAUAAAAAAUUGUCAUCUCAUACUUUCUCUCAUCCCUCUUUUACUUUUUUUUUCCUCCCUCUCUUUCUUUCGCUUUAUUCUUUCUGGAUCUCCUUUUGAAAAUCUCAUUCUACGAGCGGGAAAUCGAGUUUUACGCUAAACUUUGGACUUUGAUUGAGAUUAUUACGCGAGUUAAGAUCUUUCUGAUAAUACUGAAGCCCGGUGCGUGCAAUUUGUUAUUUCUCACACAAGUAUUUAAUGUUGAUUAGUACAUGUGUGCAUGUUUAUGAGAUACUACGAGUUGCAGCGCUUCACCAGUGUGUUCGAAUUCGUUGAGGAAUACAGACGCAAAUUUAUAAUUGUAUAUACGUGUAAGUCUACUGUGUGAUAGUUAUUAUUAUUAUUAUUAUUUUUUUUUUUUUUGGAAGAGGUAUAAUAAAACAUUUAUCUACAUAAA